AACGGAUAGCGGAGUAGUUGCGUAAUUUGACGAAGUGUUUGAACAUUUUUAAUGCAAUCUUAUAAUGCAAGAUUGAGGAGACUAAUUGAUAAGUGGCCAGGAAAACGAAUAUUCCGUGAAUACCGAUUUCUGCCGAUAUUGUUCUUCUGUGGGGCGGCCAUAGAAUUCUUUAUGAUCAAUUGGCAUGUGGGAGAGGUUAACUUCUACAAGACGUAUAAACGUCGAAAAGUAGAGGAGCUAGUAGAGGAGAGACUACGGCAGGAGGCUUGAAUUUACACUUUCUACCAAGAUAUUGACAUAUUGACGUAUAAU